UGUAAUGAAUCCUCCUUCCUAAAGUGGAAGCGUUUCUCCCUCAGACUCCAUUUUGUGGAGCGAUUUUAAACUUUUAAAGAAACCUUUAACGCAGAAACGGUGAUAUUAAUGUCACACAACAAGGGCUGUUGACUAAAGGAGUGUGAUCCAUUCCAGCAGAAGAGAUCAGACUCUUCAGGACUCAACUGUGUGUUUGUGCAAACUUUAAUAAUUUUCAAAGAUGGAGACUCCUGAUCUGGACACGGAUAAUGUUUCCCCACCUUCAGAAAAAAAACGUAAACUCCAGGGAGAGAGAUCAGAAUCACCAGCACCCAGCUGUAUCUCCAUGAAGAGUGAUCAGUCUAUGCAUCCUCCUCUGAGGUUUAAAGAUGGAGACUCCUCACUUCUACACAGUGUUCUACAGAGAGCAGGAGACAGAAUAGAAAAGAACAUCAUCACAGAUACAGGGCACGACCCCGAAUCUGCUUCUGUGAAUGAAUUCCAGAAAAAGUUCAAAUUAAACCUGAUGAAGAAGUUUGAGUGUUUGAAUGGAGUGAUAAUAAACCUGGGAAACCAAACACUCCUGAAUGAGAUCUACACAGAGCUCUACAUCACAGAGGGAGACAGUGGAGAAGUCAAUAAAGAACAUGAGGUGAGACAGAUCGAGGCAGCAUCCAGGAGAACAACAACAGAGGAAACACCAAUCAAAUGCAACGACAUCUUUAAGCCCUUAUCUAAACAACACAAACCCAUCAGAACUGUGCUGACAAAGGGAGUCGCUGGCAUCGGAAAAACAGUCUCUGUGCAGAAGUUCAUUCUGGACUGGGCUGAAGGGAAAGCAAAUCAGGACAUCCACCUCAUAUUUCCACUUCCUUUCAGAGAGCUGAAUCUGGUGAAGGACCAGAAACUGAGUCUGAUGGAGCUCCUUCAUGUCUGUUUUAAUGAAACAAAAGAAACAGAAAUGUCCAGUUUGGAAAAGGUUCUGUUCAUUUUUGACGGAUUGGACGAGUGUCGUUUUCCUCUAGAUUUCCAGAACACAGUGAGAGUGUGUGAUGUAACUGAAUCAGCAUCAGUGCAUGUGCUGCUGAUAAACCUGAUCAAAGGGAAUCUGCUUCCCUCUGCUCUCAUCUGGAUCACCUCUCGACCAGCAGCAGCUGAUCAAAUCCCCUCUGAGUGUGUCCAUCGAGUCACAGAGGUACGAGGGUUCAAUGACCCACAGAAGGAGGAGUACUUCAGGAAGAGAAUCAGUGAUCAGAGCCUGGCCAAUAACAUCAUCACACACCUGAAGUCAUUAAGAAGCCUCUACAUCAUGUGCCACAUCCCAGUCUUCUGCUGGAUUUCAGCCACUGUUCUAGAGAGAAUGUUGGGUGAAGCAGAGAGUGGAGAGAUCCCCAAGACUCUGACUCAAAUGUACACACACUUCCUCAUCAUUCAGACAAACAUCAUAGGAGAGAAGUACUCAAAGAAGCAGGAGAGUGAUGAAGAAAUGCUUCUUAAACUGGGAAAACUGGCUUUUCGGCAGCUGAAGAAAGGGAACCUGAUCUUCUAUGAGGAAGACCUGAGAGAGUGUGGCAUUGAUGUGAGAGAAGCAGCAGUGUACUCAGGUGUGUGUACGCAGAUCUUCAGAGAGGAGUUUGGGCUUCACCAGAGUAAAGUGUACUGCUUUGUUCAUCUGAGCAUUCAGGAACACCUUGCAGCUCUGUAUGUGCACCUGACAUUCAUGAUGGAAAAGAGAAAUGUUCUUAUACAGCAUCGGGACUCUAACUGGUGUAUCUCAGAUUUACACAAGAGAGUUGUAGAUCAGACUCUAAAAAGACAGACUAAAAAGAAAAAAGGGGGAAAGGUUGUUCAACCGAAUUGCUUCUCUGAACAGCUAUUUGUAAACAGUUCUAAAUCGUGGAUGAAAGAAGUGGAAAGGGAAAAAAAAAAUUCAAAGGAAAAAAUCUCACAUUUACACUAUAGUGCUGUAGAUCAGGCUUUAAAAAGUCAGACUGGACAUCUGGAUCUUUUCCUUCGCUUUCUUCUGGGUUUCUCACUGAAGUCCAAUCAGAAACUCUUACAUGCCUUAGUAACACAGACAGGAAGUAGCUCACAGAGCAUAGAGGAAACAGUUCAGUACAUUAAGAUGAAGAUCAGUGAAGAUCUUCCUACAGAGAAAUCCAUCAAUCUGUUCCACAGUCUGAAUGAACUGGGUGAUAAUUCUCUAGUGGAGGAAAUCCAACACUACCUGAAAUCUGGAAAACAAAGUGAGUUCUCUUCUUCACAGUGGUCUGCUCUGGUGUUUGUGUUACUAACAUCAGUACAGGAUCUGGAAGAAUUUGACCUGAAUAAAUAUUUCAGUACAGAUAAGAUACCAGAAACUGUUCUUCUGAAGAUGAUGCCUGUGAUUGCAGCCUCCAGAAAAGCAAUUAUCAGGUGUGAUUCACUUGGAGUGAGAAGUUGGUCAGCUCUGGUCUCAGCGCUCAGGUCAGAAACCUCCAAUCUGAGAGAACUGCAUCUGACUGUGAAAACACUGGAUCUGACUGGGAAUAAACUAGGAGACUCAGGACUGAAGAGUCUCUGUGCUGGACUGGAGAAUCCUCACUGUAAAGUGGAGACACUGUGGUUGGAGUGUUGUGGUGUCUCAGAUGAAGGCUGUGCUGCUCUGACUUCAGCUCUGAGAUCAAACCCCUCACACCUGAGAGACCUGAAUCUGUCUGAUAAUAAACUAGGAGACUCAGGAGUGAAGAGUCUCUCUGCUGUACUGGAGAAUCCUCUCUGUAAACUGGAGACACUGAGGUUGUGUGAUUGUGGUGUCUCAGAUGAAGGCUGUGCUGCUCUGACUUCAGCUCUGAGAUCAAACCCCUUACACCUGAGAGAACUGGAUCUGUCCUGUAAUAAUGUAGGAGACUCAGGAGUGGAGAGUCUCUCUGCUGUACUGGAGAAUCCUCACUGUAAACUGGAGACACUGAGGUUGUGUAAUUGUGGUGUCUCAGAUGAAGGCUGUGCUGCUCUGACUUCAGCUCUGAGAUCAAACCCCUCACACCUGAGAGACCUGUAUCUGUCUGAGAAUAAUGUAGGAGACUCGGGAGUGAAGUGUCUCUCUGCUGUACUGGAGAAUCCUCUCUGUAAACUGGAGAUACUGAGGUUGGAGUGUUGUCGUGUUUCAGAUGAAAGCUUUGCUGCUCUGACUUCAACUCUGAGAUCAAACCCCUCACACCUGAGAGAACUGUCUCUAUCCUAUAAUAAAUUAGGAGACUCAGGAGUGAAGAGUGUCUCUGCUGUACUGGAGAAUCCUCUCUGUAAACUGGAGACACUGAGGUUGUAUAGGUGUGGUGUCUCAGGUGAAGGCUGUGCUGCUCUGACUUCAGCUCUGAGAUCAAACCCCUCACACCUGAGAGAACUGAUUCUGUCCUAUAAUAAUGUAGGAGACUCAGGAGUGAAGAGUCUCUCUGCUAUACUGGAGAAUCCUCUCUGUAAACUGGAGACACUGAGGUUGGAGUGUUGUGGUGUCUCAGGUGAAGGCUGUGCUGCUCUGACUUCAGCUCUGAGAUCAAACCCCUCACACCUGAGAGACCUGUAUCUGUCCUAUAAUAAUGUAGGAGACUCAGGAGUGAAGAGUCUCUCUGCUGUACUGGAGAAUCCUCACUGUAAACUGGAGAAACUGAAGUUGUAUAGGUGUGGUGUCUCAGAUGAAGGCUGUGCUGCUCUGAGUUCAGCUCUGAGAUCAAACCCCUCACACCUGAGACAACUGAAUCUGUCUUGUAAUAAUGUAGGAGACUCAGGAGUGAAGUGUCUCUCUGCUGUACUGGAGAAUCCUCACUGUAAACUGGAGAUACUGUGAUUGAGUGAUUGUGGUGUAUCAGAUGAAGGCUGUGCUGCUCUGACUUCAGCUCUGAGAUCAAACCCCUCACACCUGAGAGAACUGAAUCUGUUUGAUAAUUAUGUAGUAGACUCAGGAGUGGAGAGUCUCUCUGCUCUUAAGCAUGAUAAACAUUACAAACUACAGACACUGUGGUUUUGAAGAACAUCUGUGUGUGUGAUGAAGACUCCGGUGUUCCUGCAUUUCACUGUUGGGGAAUAGAGAACACAUUUAUAAACACAUCACUCAUUUAAUUAUAACACAUUAAACAGACUCCGAGACGUGAGAAGUGUGUGUUCAUCAUGCAGAGUGAAUCAGACUGCACACAAUUCUACACUGAGUGUAUAAUGACCUCUGACCCCUUGAUAAAAUUCCCCAGAACUCAAUCUCAUAAAACACCUGAGGGAUUAUUAGGAACAGCAGGUGAAAAUGCACAUGAACACAAGCUGAACCCAGUCAGUGGAAGAGAGAUCUAAAAUGUACAGGAACAGUUUCAAGACAUUGGUGGAUUUCUCACCUGACAGGAUUGGCAUCUGAGGAGUUUAAUGAGUAUUUAACAGGAAUUUUAUAGCAAAAUAAUUUUUAACAUAAAUUACAACCAAAUAUAUUGUUACACUGGGUGUUUUUGUAGAGAAAAGUAAAAAUAUAAAUCACCCCAGCAUGCUGAGUCAACAUCAUAACUCAACCUUGCUAAGAUAAAACAGCCCAGACUGAGUCGGUCCACAUUGUCCCCAGCGCUGGAUUUCAGAAUUGACCCAAAGUAGGUUCUGUGUAACUCAGCAAUUUUAGAGUACACCUUUUUGAGGAGACUCAACUGGGAAUGAGUGUAUACGAGCACAAACACCUUCUUUCUGUUGUGUAUCUUUUUAUAUUCUUCCCUCUCUCAUCUUUUUCAGGUAGGUCAGUAGUGGAAUGUUUUUUCAUGUGUCAUUGUGAGGCAGUUUUUGGAACUACUGACAGAUUUGUGCUGCACUUUCACUUGGAUGAACUGAAAUAUUCUUUCCCUGAUGCAGUAUUUUGUGUUUUAUACAUCCCCAUGAAUAUGGAUUGCAUGUUCUCUUUCUAGUUAGUUAACAUUACUCAUUACUAGUCAGCUGGUGUCUUAUUCACAGUUUGUUUCAGAUCAGGGCUGGGACAGAUUAUCCAAUGGGCAUUAUUGGCACGGGCGCAGGGGCCAAUGGCCACUUGGGGCCCAAGCGAGGGGAAGAAAUAAUGCUUUUUUCUUUUUAUUUUCCUUUUUUUACAUUGCUGAAAAUAGAGGGCAAUGUCUGGUUGGGCCACAUAAGAUUAAAAAAGACGAACAGUACUUAACGUCUACAGUGGAGAAGGCUGUAGAGAGUGUGGUCCCUGAACGUAGCUUUUGACCCGAGUUGGAAUCCGAACUUGCUCUUCUCCCGUUUCCCAUCACAUAUCAGAUCGGAAAGGCAUUUAUUUUCAAUAAAAAUUAAUAAAAUAUAUGAAAAGUGGAAAUAAUGUGCGUAAUGACUGUUUAAUAAUAAUGUGUUUAUCAGUUAGGGGUAGGUGUAGGGACGGCUUUAUUGUCCCAAUAAUUUGAAUAAACAUAGUCAUUUACAAUCUGUUAUUACUGCAUCCUGUACAUCAGUACUGCUAUUAAUACAUGCUAUUUAGGUUAUUCAUGGGAAGGCUGAGGUCCUUAGGCUAUAGAAUACAGAGGAGCAGGUUAAAGGCAUCAAUGCACAGAGUAGAUGUAGAUGGUAUUUUCACCAGGAUGAUACAGUUUGGAUGUGUGAUAAGGAGAAGCUACUGUGUAAUGGCACCACUUUCUCUACUGAACAUGGAAACUAACCACAAACACAACUUGUACAUUUAAAAUACCAUCAUGACCAAAAUAAUUCAUUUGAUCCUUUUCCAUUUACAUUGAAAAAGAUUUACUUUACUUUAAUU